CGGCGGUGGCGGCGAUGGGAGCGACGGGGCGGCUGUCGCGGGUCGGGGCGGCCUGGGGCCGGGCCCCGGCGAGGUUUGGACUGGCUGCAUACAGACGCUACAGUAGUGGCGGUGGAUAUCCCAACGUUCCUCUUUCCUCUCCCUUACCCGGAGUCCCCACGCCCGUUUUCGCAACAGUAGACGGACAGGAAAAGUUUGAAACCAGAGUCACAACCCUGGAGAACGGGCUUCGUGUGGCGUCCCAAAAUAAGUUUGGACAGUUCUGUACCGUAGGAAUUCUCAUCAAUUCUGGAUCAAGGCACGAAGCAAAAUAUCUUAAUGGAAUUGCCCACUUCUUGGAAAAAUUGGCAUUUUCGUCUUCUGCUCAAUUUGGCAGCAAAGAUGAAAUUCUUCUUACUUUGGAAAAGCACGGAGGCAUUUGUGACUGUCAGACAUCAAGAGAUACCACCAUGUAUGCCGUGUCUGCUGAAGCUAAAGGCCUGGACACCAUGGUCAAUUUGCUGGCUGAUGUUGUUCUGCAACCCAAAUUAUCAGAUGAAGAAAUUGAGAUGACAAGGAUGGCGGUCCGGUUUGAAUUGGAAGACCUAAAUAUGAGGCCCGAUCCAGAACCAUGUCUCACAGAAAUGAUUCAUGCCGCUGCCUACAGGGAAAACACCGUGGGCCUGAAACGAUUCUGCCCACAAGAAAACAUUGACAAGAUCGAUCAGAAAGCACUCCACUCCUACCUGACGAACUACUACACCCCUGACCGGAUGGUGCUGGCCGGAGUGGGGAUAGAGCACGAACAGCUCGUGGACUGUGCCAGGAAGUAUCUGCUUGGCGUUGAGCCGGUCUGGCGUAACGGGAAGCCCAAGGAUGUGGACAGAUCUGUUGCUCAGUACACUGGAGGAAUCGUCAAGAUAGAAAAGGACAUGUCCGAUGUGAGUUUGGGGCCCACGCCCAUCCCCGAGCUGACGCACGUCAUGAUUGGACUUGAAAGCUGUUCCUUUUUGGAGGAUGAUUUCAUCCCCUUUGCGGUGCUAAACAUGAUGAUGGGAGGAGGUGGCUCUUUUUCAGCCGGAGGACCAGGGAAAGGCAUGUUUACCAGGCUCUAUCUCAACGUCCUGAACAGGUAUCAUUGGAUGUAUAAUGCAACUUCCUAUCAUCACAGUUAUGAAGAUACGGGCCUUCUGUGUAUUCAUGCCAGUGCAGAUCCUAAACAGGUCCGAGAAAUGGUAGAAAUCAUCACAAGGGAAUUUACUUUAAUGGGAGGAGCGGUGGGUGAGGUGGAGCUGGAGCGAGCAAAGACUCAGCUGAUGUCCAUGCUCAUGAUGAAUCUGGAGUCCCGGCCUGUGAUCUUUGAAGACGUAGGAAGGCAGGUGCUGGCCACAAACACGCGCAAGCUACCUCACGAGCUGUGCUCUAUGAUCAGUGCCAUCAAGGCAGAUGAUAUCAAGAGGGUGGCCACCAAAAUGCUUCGUGGCAAACCAGCCGUGGCUGCGCUAGGAGACCUGUCUGACCUCCCGGGCUACGAACACAUCCAAGCCGCCCUGUCUAGUAAAGAUGGGAGGCUGCCACGCGUGUAUAGGCUCUUCCGAUAAGGCGGGGCCGGGAACAGAAUUGUAUGGCGGCCCUAUGGAGCACCUUUUUUACCCGUAUUGUUCUUUGCGAGAAGGAUGUUGAUAUAAACAGCGUGAAAAACAACUCUUACGGUGAGCCUGAAUAAACCACUGACUCAGUUUCGGA